AUGAAGGAUCUGUUCACCUCCCAGAAGCAAGCCUGCUGGCAGGAGCACAUCCGCAAGGAGAUUGCGGCUCGGGUGGCCUGGAACCUCAACCACGGCCACAAGCACCCAGAGGGAGCCUUGCCCAGGAAGCGGCCUCAGAAGGCCCCCUUCCGGUCGGUCCUGGGAGCGGGGCCAUCGCAGGCCACCAGCGCCCCUGACAGCAAGGAGGUACCUGCUGGAUGGCCAGAGACCAGGGGGCUCCAGGGUCAGCUGUCCAGGGGAGUGGGUGUCCAGGGCCCUGCGCCCAAGGUAGACAGAGGCUGGCAGGCCCAAAAACCAACUCGGGGGCCUGCAGAUCAGACCAAACCCGUGGUGCUCCCCCCCAGCACCCUGCAGCUGCUCUUCCAAGGCGUCUCCCAUGACGGCCAAGGCCGGGCCGCGUACCUCCGGGAGCGGUAUCAGCAGAAGCCCAAGGAGAAGUUUCUGUACCUGAUAGUGUCAUCCUGGGAGUACAGCUGGCACAUGGGGGAAGCCAUGAAGGACACCAAGCCUCCAACUUAUGCCAGGUUCCAGCCUAUCGCAAAGAGCUUUUAUAUCAAAAGUAACAUCUUCCAUGUCUCACGGCGAACAGACCAGCUGAUGUGA